AUGGCAUGUUUAACAGAUGAAGGACAUAAAGAUAAAUAUGAUAAUGAUUAUUUGAUUGGUAGUAAUUCUAAGACUGUGUCAAUAAUGUUAUCAAGAUUACUAGGAGAAUAUCCUUCUUCACAUUAUUUAAAAGAAAGAGCAUUAACAGCCCAAAUAUCUACCAUAACAUUUCAAAUGAAUUCAACAUCUGAAAAAGAAUUAUUAAAAAAAUUUGAACA